UAGAAUUCAUAACUGUAAAAGAACUGGUUCAUAACUAGUAUUAAUAAAUUAUAUGUAUGUAAAUGUAAUAAAAUUUUCCUAUUUUUUGUUUAAUUUAAAUUAUUUAUUCUGCUUUUCAGUCUGAUGAUCCUCCGUUUCGACCAUCUGGUGUUGGCCUAGGCAAAGGAAAACCAUUCUACGCCUCUAAAAUAGCAAAGAAAAAACUCGGGUUAGGCCCAGGUCGGCCCAAAGGAAGUGGGAAAAUGUCUUCUAUUGCGUUAUCUCACUUUCAAAAGAGACCUCGUUACGCAGAUUUUGGUAGGAAGCGAGGUGCUAAAACGAAAAUGAGAGGAAUAUUCGGUGUCCCCGGGCUUGGUUUACAGAGACCUUUAAUGGAUUCUAAUACCAAACCUGAAGACGAACCAGGACUUGAAAAUAAGUUGGUUCUUGUAUCAUCUCGUGACAAAUACGUUUUAAGUCAAGACGUUUGUGUUAUGUGUGGUGCUCUAGGGCAAGACCAGGAAGCAUGUCUUAUAGCUUGUGCACAGUGUGGGCAGUCGUAUCAUCCCUACUGUGUAUCAGUUAAGGUUACCAAAGUGAUGCUUCAGCGUGGCUGGAGAUGCCUUGAUUGCACGGUAUGUGAAGGCUGCGGCCAAAGAAAUGACGAAGGACGAUUAAUAUUAUGUGACGAUUGUGACAUUUCAUACCACAUCUAUUGCAUGGACCCUCCACUCGGUGCCGUGCCUUCAGGUGUUUGGAAGUGCAAGUGGUGUGCCCAUUGCCAGACCUGCGGAUCCAACAGCCCAGGUCCCAAUGCAACGUGGCAGUCCAACUUCACCCAGUGCGGACCUUGUGCUUCAAGAACUGUUUGUCCAGCUUGCCUAGAGCUUUAUACAGACGGUGAUCUCAUAAUUAAGUGUAUUCACUGUGAUAGGUGGUUACAUUGCCUCUGUGAUACAAUAUCUAACGAAAAUGAAGCGGAAGCGUGCUGUGCGCAAGGUUAUACUUGCAUCCUCUGUAGGCCAAAUAAUGCUGCUUUGGUAUUACCUGCUACGACACCAUCAAGAGCUCCAUCACCUGAAAUUAACUUAGAAAGCAAAGCUACAGACUAUUAUGUAGAUGGUGUUUGCCUAUCCGAAACCGGACUGCAAUUAAUCAAAACUCUUUCAAUGGAUAAUGGAAAUCAACCAGUUCGGCGUAAAAGGCCAGGUUUCAGAAGGCAGGAUCCCUCCGUUGACCUAUCUGUAGAUGAUAUAGAAAAUGAAGGGAAAGACGCAGUCUACAAAGACGGUAUGAUCUGGGGCUCUAAAGAAAAUGGUCCGAUCCCAAGUCCACCUGAAGGCUUUACAUUGUACACCCGGGAAUGUGGAGUCGUCGUCUUGAAACGGAUAAAGAAGAGAAAUCUUCAGAGGCUUGGCAUUGGUGGCUUCACCACUGUAAAGAUGAGGAGCUCCAGGUUCAAAGAAGAUGAUGAACAUCUUUAUCCUGAAGAAAAACCCAGGAGGAAACCUAGAGUUCCUAAGAAGAAAAGCAAAAUUGCCGAGAGUUAUCCUAGACAUCUCCAAGAAGCUUUCUUUGGCAAAGAAUUACUCGAUACAACUAAGGAAACCUCCCAAGAAUUAGAGAGCACUGGUGAUGAAUCAGAUGAAGGAAAAUUAAGGGUUGUCGAAGAAGAGAGCUCUAACCAGGAAAAUGUUAGCGAUAAAAGGAGGGAAGUCGCCAACAGUUCAUCUUCAGCUAAAAUAACUAUAAAGGAGGAAGAAGGUAGCGAUGGUGAGACGUUGAAGGAUAUUCUACAUCUCCCUGAAAAUCUUCUUCACAAUGAUCUAGUCAACACAAUCAUGAAUGAAAGUGCAGAUAGUAUCAAAUCAGAAAAUCUAAUGUCAGAGAGCGGACAUGAAGGUAGUGGCAGCCAAAAAGACGAACUAUGUGAUAUUCUCGGACCUCAUUUUAAUAUAGAAUCUAUGGUAAGAGAAACAGGUCUUCCAAACAUGGACAGCAAAGAUGUUGAAGAAAUUUUCAAAGGAGUUCUUACUGAUGAGAGUCGAAAUCAGAGCCAUCAUAAUCAACCGUCCCCCCAUCAACAGCAUCCUGUUCCUAAAAGUACACCUACAGGAAUGGCUUCUUCUCCGCUCCAAUAUCCAUCAGCUUCUCCAUAUAAUUCAGAAUAUAGCAAUAGCCCUCAGUUCAGUCCAGAAAGUUCGUGGGAUGAUUGUGGCUCUUAUAACAGGACAACAUCAUUAAAAAUGGAAGCAGAUGAAUCCCUCGGGAGAGACGCUACCAUAUCUCCUGUUCUGUACGCCAACAUUAAUCACCCAGAGUGGAAGAAAGAAUAUCCAAGUUGGAAUGAACGUUUCAAACAAAUUUUAAAGAAAUGGCGUGCUCUACCCUCUGAAGAGAAAGCUCCUUAUCUUCAACGUGCAAGAGACAAUAGAACAAACUUUCGCAGUAGAAAGCAGGAGCAUGACAAAACAUUAAAUACCAAAUCUUGCCGGGAAGCUGAACAAGAGCGACAGUGGAAGGAGUUGCAAGCUCUGAGGCAGCAGCAGCAACACAUGCUAUCUCAAACGAGGGUUCAGCAAGGUACAAAUACAAAGGAUAAUUACGUGAUAAUGAACCGUGUCCGCCAAGUUGGUAAUGCAGGACUUGUACAAUUUUCAACAAAUGAGCAGUCUCCAUCUCCCCAUUUGACGCAACAGUUACAGGUUUCAACUUCCACUCAGGAGGCUAAUCUAGGAGGUUUAGGAUCGCCUAGAGCACAGUUUGCUUCUGGUACUGGUGGCACAGUUAAGGUCGCAACUCCUGGUGGUACCAUUUACCGACAGGUGAGGCCGCCUCAAUCGCCUUUUCAGAGCCCAAGGCAACCUGCUACACCACAGCAACAGCAGGAGGAAGUUAGGCAACUCAGGGAUCUCUUACAGAGGCAACAAGUCAAACAAGAAGGAACGGAAACCGUCUUGUCUAGUGGUGUUCUUCAAGGAGUACAAAUGAGACCUCAGCCCCCUAGGAGCAGCCUGCACCCACAGGUUGUUCAUGGUAUGGAACCUAGAGUCAGGUUAGUAGUACAACAACAGGCCUCCAGGUUUCCAGGAACCACUCAAGUGAGAUUGGCUGCUCCUAGGACACAACUUCAAGAUCAGUUCCUCAUCCAACGGCAGUUCGCUGUGGCCGCUGCUGCCCAACAUGCUCAUAAUGCAAGUGCAAUAAUUAGGAAUAGUAGUACUUUAGUUGAUCAAACAAGAUUGCAAACUCUGCCAGUCGACCAAAGAAUCCAAACCGGAGGCCGAGGAGAAGGAGAAGAAAUACCAGAGAGUGUUACUGCAGAACUUGAAAAGUUGGAGGAAGAAGGAGGUACCAUUGGUGGUGAAGCUGAUGAGGUUUCCGCAAUCUUCUCUGACCUAGUGGAAGAUGACGAUGAAUUACUUGCGGAAAUGGGUCCAGAUUUUAACAUCCUUGAAUAUGCUGAUCCAGAACUUGACACUGUAUCGGGAGGAGAAAAGACAAAUAUCCUUGAUGAUCUAGAAGACGAAGUUGAGAAAAAAAAACAAGUUGGGAGUUCCAGAAAAGAAGAUACUGCACGAAGGAGGUCUGCAGAAAGUAUUAAUAAAGAGCUUACCGAACCUAGACCAGAAAGUAAACCAAGCGAAGAAGUGAAUAGGGUAUCUGUAACAUCCACACCACCCCAUCUACCUCAACAGAUAUCACUAACUGGAAAAAGCGGCAUUGGCCAACCAAAAAUUAUUGGAUCAGGUUACCAAACACAAUUUGCAACUCCAACUACGCCCCUCCCAAGGAUGCAAGUUUUGCAAGGUGGAAAUCAAGUGAGUCGUGGAGGCGCAAGCUUCGUCGGGAAUCCUCCACCACCUCCCCCACCUUAUCCUGGCCCCCCUCCUCCAUAUCCGGGGCAGCAAGCUGCGAUACGAGGAAGGGGUGUUAGAUCGCACAUCAUCCCAGGCCCAGCAUCGCAGGCUCAACAAAGAAGAACCUUGCUACUUCAAGAGCAACCACUACUGUUGGAAGAAUUACUGGAAGAGGAGAAAAGGGAGCAAGAGAAAGCUUCAGUAACACCCUCUCCAGCGAGUUCCCUCAUGAGUGACGCUGACUUUGAGAUGCUGAGGGCCGAUGUCCUCGGCUCAAGGACCACCAGCCCUCCUCAGUCUCAAUCUCUCGGCACUCUUAAUCUUGUCGGACAACCUCCUCCGCCCCCUCCAGAAAAUAUCGUGACCGAGGCUGAUAGGCAGGCCCAGAUCCAAUAUGAAGCAUGGCUCAGGACAACCGGAAGUGCAGUCAGCCAACAGAUACGAUAUUUUGAAACAGAAGUUCAAAAAUUAAGAAAAAUACGCAAGUCGUUAAAUAGUAAACAGCGACAAUUGAGAAAAAAUGGCAAUGAAUUAAAUGAGAAAGACGCUAUAGAGCUACAGCGUGUAACCGGCGAACAAACAACUUUACAGAAACACCUGGAAGCAGCCCGAAAACAAAGCAGGCAGCAUACCAUGGUGAUGCAGGAAUAUCAAACGAAACAGGAUAGCAAAGGAGGUGGAGGUAGCGCUGGUUCUGCUUCUCCGCAGUCUCCUCUUUUGUCGCCGGCUGGUGGAGGCAUCGGUGGACAUCAGUCCCACCAACCUUCCCCUCAAACAUCGUCGGUCUCCCCAGUAAGACAUAGCCCAGCCGGAACACCACAUUCACAGAGUGGUGAUGACAAAAGCGAAGGCAGUGGUCUUCCAUCUCCCAGGCCACCCCCCAUGACACCCACUCCGCCUAGCCCUCAUCAAUUCCAUCAGAUAAGGCAUCCCUCGAUGGUGUCAAGGUUUGCCAGAUCCCCUGAAGGAGGAUUAAGGCCACGUUUGGCUCCUCUCCAAACGUCUGGUUUCAAUUCUCCCAGGGGAAUGUCGCCUCAACCGCCAUCUCCUCAGACAAUGAGAUUGACUCAACAGCAGCAACUUCUCCUUCAAAGACAUCAACUUCAGCAGCAAAAACAGCAGAUUCUAGAACAGCAUCCUGAAGCGGGGGCUAUUCUGAGUAGACAACUCUUGAGACAAGAACCACAGAGACAGUACAGAACAUUCCCAGGUCCUCAGAGUCCUGGUUCUCAAGGAGGGUCUCCAUUGUAUAGUCCUCGUGCUCCACCUAGUCCGAUGGUUUACCAAGGACUUCAGACACCGACAUCUCCGAUGCCUCAGUUUACCCAGCCCACAUCUCCAAUGCAGUCUCCUCGUUUACAGUAUGCACCUAGUAGUCCUCAUCAACAGCAAUAUCGUCCCAACUCCCCCAUGGUACCAUCCCCUAUGAGAAGGCCAUCCUCAGCUAGUCCACAAGGAGAAGGUGGUGGAGGAAAUCCCUUCAAUCCUAACAACCCUAUUCCUAUACCUCCUGAAAUACGGAGGUUAAAAUUAGGCUUAAAAGGAGGUUCGCCUAUGUGGAGUGAUAAGAGAAAAAGGGUGCAACCUAGUACCAGUUCAGAAAAAGUUGCUAGCUUAGUUUGUGUGGACUACAACGAUUUUGAAGAGGAAUCUCCUCCUAUUACUCCACCAUCUAAACCUGCCUUAAUUAAAAAAACAGAAAAUGUUAAAGCUCGACAAUCCGAAGACACAGAUUCAGAAUUAACUGUUUAUGAUGAUAUUGUGUUAGUUGAAGGCUGCAAAGAAACUAACUUGGAAGUUGCAGAGUUGCGGUCUGCAUUAGAAGGAAAUGUCAUGUCCACUGUCGUUUCCAUGCCAAUGGUUAUAGAUUCGGGCCAGAUUCAGAUGAUGGAUGUUGAAGGGGAGUUGCUUGAUGACCUUGUAGUUUUGGGUGUAGGAAAUGGAACCACCGACAGUGAUUGUAUUUUAGAAGUGAACAAAGAUCUCAUUUUGGACGAUGAUGUUAAAGAAGAUGAACUUGAUGAUGGUUCUCCACCAAGAGCUAGGAUGCAAGGUAAAGUUCUUCCUGGUGGAGGCUCUCAUAAUUCACCUUCUCCUGAAUCUAGAAAUAACUGUGAUAUAUUCAAAAAAGUCGAGGAAAAGUCUAAAAAACUGGAAAAGGAGAGAAAAAGUACUGAUGAAAGGACAGUUCCUGUUCAACCAAACAUUGUAGUCUCGCGAACUCCAACAACCUUUACACCUGUCGUUACUCAGAAAUCAAUACCAAUAGCUGACAAUCGUCAAUUAGCUAUGCAGCAAGCAGCUGUUGCUAGCCUUGUCCAAGAUGCUGUAAAUGCUGCAAAGUUGGCAGCUGAAGCCCAAAAUCUGUUGAAAUCAAGUCAGGCCAAUGAACAGCACAGAAACGCAAUUUCCCGUGGCAAUUUUGUUCCAUUAUCGGUUAUUACGAGUAAAGCAGCGGAUAGCGAACCUCUUGUCAACAAUUCCAUCAAGUCUGAUUUAAGAAAGUCAGAACUGAGCAGGUUUCAAGAUGUUGACAACGGGCAAAAAGAGAUGCCAGAAAAUAAACAAGAACAUCAAAAGUUUCGUUUAGAAAAUGCAAGUGAUUUACGAAUAAUUAAUACUGAGAGUUCAAUUAUCAAGUAUAAAACAUCAGAGUCGGUAGAUCGUCAUCAUGCCCAUAAUGAAAUAAAUGUAAUUAAAGAAAAUGAAGAAACUAAUGAUAAGCGAGAUCACAAAAUUGUUGAAAGGAUUAACCAUGUCGCUCCAAAAGUAGAAAAUGUCACUCUUCCUUGUGUCAGUUCGAGUAUCCUUGAGGCUCAGUUAACAUCGAUGUUGAGAACGAGUAGUGAACCCACUUCCAAUCAAAAUUUUAUUUAUGCAGUUGUUAAUCAUACUGUCAAAGACCAGAGGAGGGAAGAAAAUAAUCAGGAUGACAUGAGGGUCGAAGGUCUUGCUGCUCACUUCCAAAGGACUGUUAAAAAUGAAGAGCUUAUGUUGACUGAAAGUGAUAUUUAUAAAAAUUCUAGGAAUCCUCAUCUCAAUAAAAAACAUGGCAACAUAUAUGUGAGUUCUCAGAUAAAGACUGAUACUGUAAUGGUAGGAGGAAAAUCUUAUAAAAUUUAUCAAGCUGGUCCACAAUCCAGUACGAGUGAUAUUCUGACCUUAAGGGAUGACAAGGAAGAAGCAAAUGGCAGAGUUGCCCACAAGGUGAAUACAAUAGAGAGAAGGCUCUCUGUCAGUAAUGAAAAAGCUGCGAACGAAAUGCUUCAACAGAGGGUUGUUUCGAGUUCUGAAACAGCUGAGAAAGAAACACAUCAUUUGAGUUUCGGUGGGCCAAAAGCACAAGUGGUUGCUCAAAAAGAAGAACCAAAAAAGUUUGUUGCCCUUGCUACGAUGUUGUUACCACGGAAUAAUGAAGAGAAAAGAGUAAGACCUGGCGAAGACUCGCAAAAUGUUCUUCUUAAACAGCUGCUUCAGAACACUGCAUGUGCUACCACCACCACUGCCUCUCUACCAAUUGUACCAUCCCUGGAGGCUCAGCUCGCUCGUCCUGUACCUCCAACCCCUUCUUCUCUCUUGCCAUCAGUUUUAAAUGAACCUCCUAAAGAGAUACAGCAGCCAAAACCUCAACACCAGAUAAUAGAAUCACCAAAACAAGAAACACGCCCCCACAUCGGCCCAUCAUCGCUAGAUGAGCUACUGUCCCCACCACCGCCUCCUCAACAGCUUCAGCACCACCCGCCUUCAGCUAUCCAAACAAGUCCAGUAAUCAAGCGUGAACCUGUUUUUUCUUUGAGCCAGCCUGGCCCUGUGAUGACACCCAUGGUGGAUGUCAAAAGGGAAGUCGAAGUUAAAAAAGAAGUGAUGUCUUCUGAUGAAAUGUUGUCUCCAGGACUACGUUUGGAUCAGAUCGACUCCCAACCGCAAGAUAUCAAAAAAUUGAAGAAGCGUCCUUAUCACCAUCAAAAACGACGCCAAAGUUUAGGAAAAGAAAUGAUUGGAGGAACACCGAAAAAGAGGCCUCGAAAGAGCUCGAAAGUAGAAGAAGAUUAUGAUUCUUUCAUAGAUUCUGUUAUGCAUCAACUGAGACAGACUCCCGGAAUGUCAAUUUGUGAACCCAACCUCACUUAUAAUUUUACUGGAUGCCCGCCAUUUGGGGCCGGCGACAUGAGCAAAGUCAAUUCAUGCACACGCCUUGGAGAAUUACGUGGUACUUAUGGCACCGCUUAUUUACCUCAUGAAAAUGAUCAUUAUAAUACAUUACCUUUUGGUGAUCUUCCACCUAAAGCUCCUUCGACACCAGCUACUCAGCGGGGAUUUUAUAACGAGGAGUUCGCACCCUUAAAGUUACACACUGCAAAGGAUGACUUUGAUGAUCGGAAAUAUGAUUACAACCGAGAUCGUGACAAUGAUACACCUGAUACAAUCAUAAGUUCCUCCAGUCCUGAGUGUAUCAUGCCAGAAUUCCAUCCAAGGUUUCCAGGUUUACAAUUAAUAGACUCAGAUAAUGAAGAAGAAAGAUUCCGAUUAUCCAGGUUUUCUCCAGACAUUCCUAUCAUCGCUCCAUUAGCUAUAAGGCCGAAGCCUAUACGAUUCUAUAGUGACAUGGAUAAGGAAAAUGAAACUCCUGACGGCGAGAGAGGUAGAAUUAGGGAAAGUGUAACAGUUACUUUAACACUGACUAGUCAAGCAGCUGACGACGUUCUAUCUGUAUUACGCAAUUUAGCCAAUGUACUCCGAAUACCUGUACCUGCAACGCAUAGCAUUACGGAAAGGAGUUCCGCAUCCCACCGCCUCGGAAUAUAUCGACUGAAGGGCAAAGAUGGCAAAGAAGGAGCUCAAGUCGAUAUCCAAUCUAUUCUGAAUGGAACUGCCAAGUUUUGUAGGCAUUGCGAUGUCGUAAUAAUGAACAAUCUUAUGAGGAAAAAGGCGUCGGAAAUGCCCCUAGUUGCCAGGCAAGGGGAAGAAGAUCUUUACUUCUGCAGUACGUCAUGUUACAUGCAGUUGGCCCUCUCUCAUCCACAGGGUCCCAACAAGGAAAAGGCUUUAACAAUAAUAGAUCAUCUAGAAACACCUUCCAAAAAGACGAAAGUUGAAUCAACAACUGAUUGCAAUGCUGUAAAGAUCGAACCAAAGAAAGAAUUUAAACUUUCUUCGGACCCCUCUUACAUGACUACCAGGGGCUCAGGGAAACGUGAAAAACAAAGUAGUGCUUAUGAUAAAACGGCUGUGACAAAUUCCUAUGCCUCCCAUGCCCUAGGAAAGAAAUCUCCUUCAAGAUAUCGGACAUGGACAACGGCAACUAUUCCACCUCCUUCCGCCAGGCAUAAGAAGCCUACUGACAAGGAAAUUACUGAGAUGCUGUUCAAGAGUGGUAUCACUGUGAUGCCUUUGAAGUUGCCUGAAGAUAGUCGACACUGUCUCCUUUGCCAUCAAGUUGGCGAUGGUGUCACUGAUGGUCCUGCAAGAUUAUUAAAUUAUGAUGUAAAUAAGUGGAUUCAUUUGAAUUGUGCCCUUUGGUCUGAUGAAGUAUAUGAAACAGUGAAUGGAGGUUUGAUGAAUGUUGAAAUCGCUCUUCAAAAUGGCCUUUCAGUUCAUUGUGCUUAUUGUAACACACCUGGAGCUACUUUAAAAUGUUACAAAAUGCGCUGUUCCUUAGUUUAUCACCUACCGUGCGCAGUCAAAGACCAAUGUGUAUUUUUCAAAAAUAAGACGCUGUACUGUAGUAGUCAUGUACCAAAGAAUGAAAAGGAAAAUGAAUUGACUACUUUAUCCGUAAUGAGGCGUGUGUAUAUAUCUCGAGACGAAAAUCGCCAAGUGGCAGCCAUAAUGCACCAUUCUGAACAGACAUCACUUUUGAGAGUGGGUUCCCUGAUUUUUUUAUCCGUCGGUCAAUUACUUCCUCAUCAACUGCAAGCAUUUCAUACACCAAAUUAUAUUUACCCCGUUGGAUAUAAAAUCAUAAGAAUGUACUGGAGCAUGCGCACUGUCAACAAGCGCUGUAGAUACAUUUGCUCCAUUGCAGAUGUGGAUGGCAAACCUGAGUUCCGUAUCACGGUAGAGGAGCGAGGUGAGGCAGAUAUGGAACUUCGUGACACCACUCCAAGAGGAGUUUGGUUGAAGGUUUUAGAACCUCUGGCUGAGCUUCGGAAAGUUUCCUCGGUUGUUCAAUUGUUUUCUCGCUAUGUUACGGGAGAAGAUCUUUUUGGACUUACUGAACCUGCAAUAGUCAGGGUUCUUGAAUCUUUGCCAGGCGUUGAAACACUUAGUGACUAUAAAUUCAAAUAUGGAAGAAAUCCUUUACUGGAAUUACCUUUGGCUGUGAACCCAACUGGCUGUGCUCGUUCGGAAGGGAAACCAAAAGGUUGGAAAAGAGCUCAUACGCAGAGAGCUACGUCUCUUAGGGGGGGAGGAAGUGGUCCUGCGUUUGCUCCAUCUGCUCCACUACCCGGAGAACUUGCCUGCCCCUACUCGAAGCAAUUUGUUCAUUCUAAAUCGAGUCAAUAUAAGAAAAUGAAACAAGAGUGGAGGAAUAAUGUAUUUUUGGCCAGGUCUAAGAUUCAAGGAUUAGGAUUGUAUGCAGCAAGAGAUUUGGAGAGGCAUACUAUGGUUAUUGAAUACAUCGGUGAAAUAAUCCGAUCAGAGCUUGCUGAAACCAGAGAAAAACAAUACGAAGCUAAGAAUCGGGGUAUUUAUAUGUUUCGUCUCGACGAAGACCGUGUUGUUGAUGCUACGUUGUGUGGAGGAUUGGCUCGGUAUAUCAAUCAUUCUUGUAGUCCGAACUGUGUUGCAGAAACAGUCGAAGUUGACAGAGAUCUCAGAAUCAUUAUUUUUACUAAAAGAAGAAUUUCUCGGGGUGAAGAGCUUGCUUACGAUUACAAAUUUGAUAUCGAAGACGACCAACAUAAGAUACCGUGCAUGUGCGGUGCCCCCAACUGUCGAAAAUGGAUGAAUUAACUAGGGAAUAAAUAUUAUAUAUUUUACAAAGUAGAUAGAAUUUAUAUAUAUUUAUAAAUAUAUAAAACCAUAUACAUAAAUAUAAAUAUAUACAUAGCUUUAUAAAUAUGUACAUUUUUUGGGAAAAAAAUAUAUUUAAGGAUAAUUAAAGUUGUAUAGAUAAUGCCUUUUGCACUGUGUAAUAAUGUCUAUAAAUGUAAAGAGUUGUAAAGAGAGACAUUUGUACAAAAUAUCUAAUUGUGAUAUAAAAACUGUUAUAAUUAACCUCUUCUUGCCAAGAGAGGGAGAAGAAUGAAUUGAUCUAAUAUGUAAAGUUAGUCUCAGUUUUGUCCUACAUAUACAUAUACACAUUAAUUAUUGUAUUUACUCUCUGUGUGUAUAUGUGCAUGUUAUCUGAAAUAUGAUAAUUGCUUAUUACAAUAUUCUUUCUAGUGCCUAUUACCUACAUAUAUAUAUAUAUAUAUAUUUAUAUUGAAUAUAACCUAUUUAGAAUCGUGAGUGACAUUAAAAAAAAAAGAAAAAAAAACUUAACGAUUUCUAAGAAAACGCCUUAUUACAUAAACAAUUUUAUCCUUACUAUUUUAUCCACAAAAAUAUAUAAGUAUUAUAGUACAAAAGAUUUUCUAAUAAUGGAGAAUCGUGUAUUAAUUGGUCGUGUUUUAAUUUUAUUUAGAUUUAUUUUAUUUUUGUGGGUUAAAAAUAAAAGGGUCCAAUGUACACAUUUUAUUUUAUCUAAACACUGAGACAAUUAUUAAUAUUUAUUUUUAAACUUUAUUUGAAUUUCUCUUGGAAUUAUUUUAAAUAUAAAAAGUGAACCUGUAAAUAGGGCACUAUCUAGUCUUAUAAUUCAGAGGCAGUUGAUGUUUUUCUUUCUUUUUUUUUUCUUUUUAAAUAAUCGUAUUCUCCAAGACUAUCAUAUAUUUUUUGAUAGUAAUAUACAUAUAUAUAUAUAAAAUUGUAUUAUACAUGUAAUUACACAAAACUUUGUUCAUCAUAACUUAAUUCACUAUAUAUUUGUAUAUCGAUUUUUGAUAGUUUCUCAAAGGUUGUAAUAAUUAAGUAAUAUAUAUAUAUAUAUUUAUACGUAUAUGUACAUAUAUACAUAUAUUUAUAAAUAUAUAAAUGUAAUUAUGUUGACUAAUGAUAGGGUAACUUAGUUUAUUAUUGUAUAUGUUUUAUAUAUUUUGUGUAUCGUCUUUUUUACAGAGUUUAGGAUGAUGUGCAAAUAUGAAUAGUAUAUCAGCUAUAUAUAAUUCUUCCCCUCCCCCAUGUAAUAUGUAUCAUUUAAACCUGAUUAUCGUUCUGUAUAAUUUUAUUUUUGUUUAUUUUGAUUUUGUAUAUAUGAGUAUGGUUACCGUAAAAUAAGAGAGAAAAUAUGAAAUUUUAUCAAAUCUUUUUUUUUUAUUUGAAUUUUAGUAUGUUUACUUCUAUGGACUGUCGUAUAUAUAGAAGAUGUUUUAAAUUAAAAAUUAAUUAUAUCUAAAUAUUUGAAAAUAAUAUUGUUUUUAAUUUAGAUCUGUUUUUUUUUUUUUUUUUUUUUAAUAAGCUUUCGUAUACAAAUCACUUCGAAAAUCAACCAUAAAAUAUUCAUCGGAAGAAUAGUUAGUCUUAAUUUUUUUUUUUUUUUUUUUGAGAUAUAUAAUAAUUAAAAGUUAUUUUAGUAUCGUUUCUUCAGUCGAAGGAAAUAUCCAAUACGAAAGCUUAAAGAAAUUAAUUUAAAUGUAGAUAUAAUUAAUUUUUUCUUAUAUAUUUAUAUAUAUGACAUUUAGUUUAAUUUUUCUUGUUUUCUUUUAUCUUAAAACACAAUGAGCUAGUGGUUGAUUUUUACAUAUUUAAAAAUGUGUGUAGGCGUUAAUGUUUUAAUAUGUCUAAACACAAAUUAUCGCGAAAUCCAAUGCAGCAAUAGAAGUAUAGAACAUCGGUUAUUGUUGCUUUAAAUUCAACCAUGUAUUGCAUCAUUGUAUGCAAUGAUCGCAUUGUGCCUAUUUUCAAAAAAAUUAAUAAAAAAUUAAAAAAAAAAUUGCGAUUGUAAAUUUAUACAGUUUUAAGUUGUAUAAAGUAUUUAUAUCUUAGAUUUUAAAUAGGGAAAAUAAAUAUAUAGAUAUGAUUUGCACUGCAAAGUUGUUUAGUGCAGAUAGGUUUUUUGUUUUUUUUUCUUCCAAAAUUAUUCUCAGUAAGGAAAAAAAAAGAAAAAAAAUUGAUUAUGUCAUUGUGUUAUUCUGAUAUCGGGGUAUUUGAUUUUAGUCUUUUGUGUGUUCAAAAUGUCGACCAUCACUAACACACCUGUAUUUUUAUUAUUUUUUUUUUUUAAAGAAAAUAAUUUUAAUGAAUGAUGCAUUGGAAUGACCCUUGACAUAAAAUGAAAUCGAAGCACUUUAAAUAUAGAAAAAUAUUGUAUUUAAUUAGCGAAAUGUAACUUAUGUUGUUUUACAUUUUGUAUAUCUACAUAUUGUUAAAUUUGGCAUAUGUUAAUUUUGUUUCAUUAAAAUAGUUACUUUUAUUUUACAAUUAUAUUAUAUAGAUGCUUUAUUUAAGAAGAACAUUAUUUGAACUGUCUACAGAUUCUCAUAUAUUGUAGUAUAAGAGAUAUUUUC